CCCCGCCCCGGAAGCUUCCCGAACCGCCGCCCCCCGACGAGGCGAGGCGAUACAAGAGGGAUCCGGCUCCGGCGGGAAGGUUCCAAGCGCGAUGGGAGUCCCGGCCUUCUACAGGUGGCUGGCGGACCGCUACCCACAGACGGUGUCGGACGCGGAGGAGGAGGAGCCCGUGGAGCUCGAGCCGGGGGCCUUCGUCCCCGUCGACCUCCGCCGCCCCAACCCCAACGGCAUCGAGUUCGACAACCUCUACCUCGACAUGAACGGCAUCAUCCACCCCUGCUUCCACCCCGAGGGCCGCCCCGCCCCGACCACCUACGACCAGGUGUUCAAGUCGAUUUUUGAUUACAUCGACCACAUCUUCUGCCUCGUCCGCCCCAGGAAGCUCCUCUACCUGGCCAUCGAUGGCGUUGCCCCAAGGGCGAAGAUGAACCAGCAGCGCUCCAGGCGGUUCCGGGCUGCCAAGGAUGCUGCCGACGCGGCGGCCGAGGAGGAGACGAUGAGGAUGCAGUUCGAGGCGGAGGGGAGGACUCUGGUCCAGAAGGAGAAGUCGGAGGCGAUCGACUCCAACGUCAUUACUCCUGGGACGCCCUUCAUGUUCGUGCUCUCCACCGCGCUGCAGUACUACAUACAGCUGAGAUUGAACCACUCCCCCGGGUGGCAGUCGGUCAAGGUAUUGUUGUCCGACUCGAAUGUUCCCGGAGAGGGGGAGCACAAGAUCAUGUCGUACAUCCGCCUGCAGCGCAACCUUCCAGGGUUUGACCCGAAUACGCGCCACGUCCUAUAUGGCCUUGAUGCUGAUUUGAUCAUGCUUUCCCUGGCAACUCAUGAGGUCCACUUCUCGAUUUUAAGAGAGGUGAUCACCAUGCCAGGGCAACAUGAUAAAUGCUUUCUGUGUGGUCAAGCUGGGCAUUUGGCUGCCGAAUGCAGAGGCCCUGGUCCGUCUGAUAAUGUCGUGGAGCUCCCUCCAAUUCAUAAGAAGAAGUACCAGUUUCUUAACAUCUGGGUGCUGCGGGAAUACCUGGAGAAGGAUUUGGAAAUUGCAGACCCUCCCUUCAAGAUAAACUUUGAACGCAUCAUUGAUGAUUUUGUGUUCAUCUGUUUCUUUGUUGGGAAUGACUUCUUGCCUCACAUGCCGACUCUGGAAAUUCGUGAGGGUGCAAUUAAUCUUCUGAUGAGUAUUUAUAGAGCGGAGUUCAAAGCAAUGGGCGGUUACCUCACUGAUGGGGGCGAGGUUUUAUUGGAACGAGUGGAGCAUUUCAUUCAGGCUGUUGCUGUCAACGAAGAUCAAAUUUUCCGGAAGCGUACACGUAUUCAGAAGGCGUACGAGAACAAUGAGGAUAGACGUAGAGCGCAGGGAGAGAUCUCUGAGGAUAAUAAAUAUGUGGACAUGGUAAAACUAGGAGAGCCAGGAUUCAAGGAAAGGUACUAUGCCGAGAAGUUUAAAGAAGAGGCAGAAUCAAAACCUAUUGAUCAAGUCCAGAGAGAUGUUGUUCAGAAAUAUGUGGAAGGUCUUUGCUGGGUUAUGAGAUACUACUAUCAGGGUGUUUGUUCAUGGCAGUGGUUCUAUCCAUACCAUUAUGCGCCUUUUGCAUCUGACCUGAAAGGCUUGACUGAGUUUGAGAUAACCUUUUUCCUGGGUCAACCUUUCAAGCCGUUUGAUCAACUAAUGGGAACACUGCCAGCUGCUAGCUCGAAUGCAUUGCCAAAACACUACGGGGAUUUGAUGACUGAUCCAAAUUCACCCUUGAAGUAUUUCUACCCCAAAGAUUUUGAGAUAGACAUGAACGGGAAACGUUUUGCGUGGCAGGGUAUUGCAAAAUUGCCUUUUAUUGAUGAAACAAGGCUGCUUGCGGAGACACAUAAACUUGAAGAGUCAUUAACAGAAGAAGAGAGAUUCAGGAAUACAACAAUGUUUGACAUAAUUUAUGUGCGGGAAACUCAUCCAUUGGCUGCUCAGAUUGCCUUCCUGUAUCAGAUGUACUCUCAGCAUUCAAUAACAGAUCCUUCCUAUGUCAUACCUAUUGACCCUGCUGCUAGUGGUGGAAUGAAUGGAUUUCUUUGUUUAUCUCAAAGAAAUUGGUACAGCAUCUCUGUAGGAUCUCCAGUUAAGGGGUUCAAUGCCAUCACCCAGAACAGAGUUUUGAAUGGUACUUAUAUUAAUCCUCAGUAUCACAAACACAUCGCGGAGCCUCCAGAGGGUGUCAUUAUACCUCCAAAGAUAUUGAAACCAUAUGAUUUCAAACCUUUCCCCGUGCUGUGGCAUGAAGAUAAUAGUCGCCGACAAACAAGAGACAGGCCUCAGGUGCAUGGAGCUCUGACAGGUUCUGUCUUAGGAGAGGCUGCACAUCGUCUAUUGAAAAAUUCCCUUCAGAUGAAAUCUGGCAGCUCUGCUGGGCUGCUUGAGAUGCCAUAUAGGGGUGCACCAUAUGGCCCUAGAAAUGGACCAAGGCCCUUUGGACCUUCGGGAUAUGAGAGGGGUUUUGUGGAUAAUCCAUACCACGCACACAUGUCCAGAAGCGCUCCAAAUCCCCGGCCUCAGUUCUUUGGUGAAGCUCAAGGCAACAGACAGAAUGUGCGGUUACUAGAGCGGCCAAACACUCGAAUUCAGGAUGGUGGCAUCAAUGCAGGGAUGUCAAACCUGACAAUCCAAGACGGGCCAAGGAUGCAUCAAAAUAACAGGAUGCAGAAUCCAGGAUAUAUUCCAAAUCAGCCAUAUCCGAACCAGUACGCUGGGUUCCCACCUCAGAGGCCUAUGCAGAACACCAAUUUUGCACGACCUGCCCGAAAUGCGGGAUUCCCACAGCAGCGACCUGUUCAGAAUGCAGGAUUCCCGCAGCCGCGACCUGUUCAAAAUGCAGGAUUCGCACAGCAGCGGCCUGUCCAGAAUGCAGGAUUCAUACACCAGCAACCUGUAAACGGGGUUCCUCCACCAUUACCUCCCAGUACUUGGAUUGGCAAGCAAACAAGCGGAGGAGGCCAGAAGGGUAUGCCUGCCAAGCAGGAUCCAAGGACGAAUAGACAGCCUAAGCAGGAUAACCCAAGAUCACAACAGGAGAGCAGACAGCAGGCUGCUAAGCCAGUGUACCGUGUCAAAAGCCAAGCUCCUAAUGGCUUGCCAGAGUGAUAACCAUGAAGAGUCCACAGCUCAAGUGAUUUACCGAGUUGCCGCAAAAUGAUGCGUCGUGUUCCAUGCUGCAAAAUGAUGAUGGUGUGUCGAGUUCCGUGUGCACGAGCAUGCUGCUACCAGGAGAUUCAUUCUACACAACAUACUCCUGCCAAAAGCAGCCAUAGGGGUUUGUUUUCUCCGUGCCCCUGUUGAUUCAUAUCCUGUUCCUGAACUGUCUUGUAUCAUGUCAAAUGGAGUUGAACUGUCGAUCACGUUGUACGUAGUUUAACUGUUGUAUAACGUAGACUCGUAGAGUUGGAUUUGGUAAUAUUUUAGGACAAUGACUUAGAUGAAGCCUUAAUAGUUCCUAGGACAGAGUGAGCAGAGGGCAGAGGGCAACCACUGCCAUCUGUAAAUCUUUAACCCUGAAACUGUUCCUGUGCUGA